GGUAGAUCAGAUGCCCUGAAGCCUCAGGACUUCCAAGACGCAGAAGAUGAUGGGCGUACACCCAACGGUGACAGUGGAAGAGGACAUUUUUGAGAGAGGCCGUGUUCUAACAUCAUGAGAUAGACUGAUGGGAGGAACUAGCAAGAAGCCUAGCCGUGGCUUCGAGGCCAUUCUAAAGGCUUGAGGAGCCCAGGUUCACACUAAGGGUAUGGCCAAACCUUUUUUUAGACCACAGAAGUUUCUUCGGAGGACCCAGUUUCUGCUCUUUUUCCUCACAGCGGCUUAUCUGAUGGCCGGCAGUAUUCUGCUCCUGCAGCGAUCCCGCUUGGUCCUCCAGCAAGGUGUUCGUGGGACCUCUGGAAACCAGGUCUUACCAGUGGCAGACGUUCUGCUAGGUGCUGGCAGCCCAGAUAUCAGGCCAGUGCAAAAUCCUCACUUGACUCCUAAACUUCUCGUGAACAUGGACAUGGCCCAUGGAUCAACACCAGACCAGAAGUACGGGCCACGGUGGCUGAUGUCCAGGAAUUCUGAACUGAGACAAUUGCGAAGGAGGUGGUUCCUCCGGUUUGUCAACGAGCAAGAACCGAUGCAGGCAAAGGUGCUGAAACACACACCUGAAAGCAGAGGUACUUACGUCGGAUGCUUCAGUGACGAUUCCAGAGAGAGGACUCUGAAAGGCGCGGUAUUUUAUGACUUGAGGAAAAUGACAGUUUCGCACUGCCAGGAAGCUUGUGCUGAGAGGGCUUAUUCGUAUGCUGGGUUGGAGUAUGGAGCAGAAUGCUACUGUGGAAACAAGCUACCGGUGGCUGUUGCAAAGCAGGAAGAGUGCAACAAUGAAUGUAAAGGAGAGAAAGGAACCAUCUGUGGAGGCAUAAAUAGGCUGUCCGUCUAUCGGGUGGAGGAGCCAUGGGCUGGAUCAAAACGACGGCGGAGUAUUAUCUACCGAGGAUGUUUUAGAGCACCAGAAAAUAUAACCAACACCUUGCCGGCCUCGUUCAUACACUCCAAUUUGACGGCGGAGAUGUGCUCUGAAUUUUGCUCCAAGAAAGAAUUCCCUUUGGCAGUUAUCAGAGGGCCUGAAUGCCACUGUGGCUUCCCCACCGUUCAUUUCUCAUUACGCAACAGCUCAGACAAGUCCUUCUGUAGCAGGUUCCAGAAUGUCAGCAGCACGGCCCAAGUGCCACAGGAGGGGGACUACCGCUUUGUCUACCAAACACCAGUCCAAGACACCCGUUGCACAGAUCGCAAGUUUCUCCCCACCAAAUCCAAAGCGUUCAUUGCUUUGUCAAGCUUCCCUGGAGCUGGUAACACCUGGGCUCGCCAUUUAAUAGAACAUGCUACGGGAUUCUACACAGGGAGCUACUACUUCGAUGGAACCUUGUAUAAUAAAGGUUUCAAAGGGGAAAAAGAUCACUGGAGAAGUCGGAGAACUAUUUGUGUCAAAACGCAUGAGAGUGGCAGAAAGGAAAUUGAACUGUUUGACUCAGCCAUCUUAUUGAUACGGAACCCGUACAAGUCGCUCGUAGCAGAAUUCAAUCGGAAGUGUGCUGGACAUCUUGGCUAUGCCACCGAUCGAAACUGGAAAAGUAAAGAGUGGCCAGAUUUUGUAAACAGCUAUGCGUCAUGGUGGGCUUCCCACGUACUAGACUGGCUGAAAUACGGCAAACAUCUCCUCGUCGUUCACUAUGAAGACUUAAAACAGGCCCUGCUCCCCAAGCUGAAGGAAAUGGUCGAGUUCCUGAACGUCACCGUGACGGAGGACAGGCUGCUCUGUGUUGAAAACAACCGAGAUGGGAAUUUCAAACGGUCCGGAGUCCGGCAGAAGGCAUUUGAACCCUUCACGAAGGAAAUGAAAGACUUGAUCGAUAAAUAUAUCAUGGCUGUGGACAAAGCCCUAAGAGAGAGAAACUUUAUUGGGCUGCCAAAAGAGUAUUUGCCCAGAUGAUGACCUACAACCAGCGCGCUGUGUUUCUGAGAAAAUCCCAAUAAUGAAAUUAAAGAAAAGGCCAGAAUUUUAUAGCUGUGAAAAGGCAGGAUUUGCGCAGAGUCUGCUGACAAAUGCAAAUUCUCAAAACUUGGACACUCUUCAGGAGUACUAAGUACUACGAAAGGCAAGCAAUGAAGGAUGGAAAUUGGGUUAUAAACCAAGGCAAAAGCCAUUAGCACCUCUGCCUGUGUGUGUGUCCGUUUCUCUAUAAAUGGCUACAAAUUUUAACACUUCUGUGCACUGCUAAUUCUGGGAAAUGGGGGGGGGGAAUGGGUUCCUUUGUCUCAUCCUAACUGCCUACUAGCAAUACUUUCUCAAUAGUAUCUAGACAUUUUAUAGCCAUUUUGGCAAUUCAAAUGUGUAUGUUUUUCUGGGGUUUUGGUUUGUUUGGUUUAAACUCACCCUGAUAAAUAUUUUUAGCUAAGCAGUUCAAUGAGAGA